CUUUCUCAAAUGCUCCUUCUUUUUUCUUUUUCACUUUCUUUCUUCACCCAAUUUUCUCAGAAUCCAAGCGUUGUUUCACAGCCAAAAUACACUCUCAAAGAAAAGAGAAGAAAGAUUUUUGAGUAAAAAACAAAAAGGGCUUUGCUUAAAUCUUUAUUCUUUGCAGCCCAUUUGAAAGAGUAGUAGUAGUAGUUGGUUCUUGUAUAUGUAAUAAUUUUCAUUCUUUAGUAUCACUCUUUUGUGGGUAACCAAUAAUCUCUAAGACCCUUAUCAGAAUAUCCCUUUCGUGCUCUCUGAAACUUCCUCCUUUUUCUUCUUCUCUUAUCUGUAAUUUUCAUUUCAUAUCUGGGUAUCCCUUGUUUUGUCAAAUCCCACUCUCAUUUUUCACUUGGGGUCUAGUUUUUCUUCACAAUACCACUGUUUCUGAAGUGGGAAUCACAUUUCUUGGUGACCCUUUUGAGUUCUUGAAAGUUUGAAUUAGGGUUUGUGCUGGAAUUUGACAGCAUGAAAGGUGAUAGAAUGGCAAAGAGAUCGUCUUUCGGAAGCAUAAUGAGGAAGAAACUAUCUGACAUUACGAACUUGCAGGCGCAAGGUUCCCCGAGUCAAGAUGAAAAGCAGCCUGAGAUUUCUCAACCAGAUAAGGACUACAUUGACAAGCUCUUAAAGGGGGUUUCUGUUGUGAAUUUUCUGAACCAGGAAAGAAUGACUUUGGUGAAGCUUAUUGCAGAGAGGAAUAAAAUCAUUGAACUGAGUGGAGCUGAGUUGCAGAAAAUGCGAGUCAGUCUUCAGAAAUUGCAGCUGCAGAAUUGGAACCUUGCUCAAUCAAACAGCCAGAUGUUAGCGGAACUUAAUUUAGGAAAAGACAAGCUAAAAGAACUUCGGCAUGAGCUUGGAUGCAAGAAUGCCUUACUUAAAGCAAAGAAUAUGGAACUUGAGGGUAAAACAGAGUCAAAGCAUAAAAAUACUGGCUCUCAGGAAGGAGAGGUGGCAGCAGAGCAAUCAUUGCAUGUAACUAAUGACAAUGACAAAACUUGUAAGCGUAAUAGAAGGCGCACCGCAAGAAGCCAAUCUAUGGGCCCUUCUACUUCACACAAAAAAGUUGUAGAUAAAGAGAAGGUUGAAAAUAAAAGGCGUUGUUUGAGAAGGCAAUCCGCUAGGUUUAAAUCCCAUGAGAGGGAACCUACAGAGAACUUAUUCGAAAUAGAAGAUGCUAAACUUCUGGUAAGUCAAUCACAUGAAAAUUCUAUACAAGAGGAGCCUGUUCCAUUGAAUUCAUCUUUCAAAAAUGAAGAGGAAGGCAAAAAUUGUGUGCCAAGAAAUGAAGCACAAGUAUCACUAAGAUCUUCAAUUGGAAGACCAUUACGAAAAGCUGCUGAGAAGGUUCAGUCCUACAAGGAAGCUCCUCUUAAAAGUAAAAUGCGUAGGGAAGAGUGAUUAGAAUCUGUUGCAUAUGAAUCUCCCUCCAUAUGUUCACUUCUUUCUGUGCGGGUGUAACUUAGGAUACUCUAUGGUUGUGGUACUGUUAUUUCACAUUGUUGUGAUAUUAUCUGUGAUUUUAUUUUAAUUGCAAAAAAAUUGUAUAUCCAAUCAAGAAACAUUGAUGAUGAUGUAUUGGUUUUAUUUUUUAUGAAGAGCAAAUGCAUUUCUUUUGUAA